GCGCUGCUGGAGGCGCGGCCGGCGGGCUCUGGCGUCUGAGCUUCUGCCCCGAGCUCUCGCGACCCUGAGGAUGGCGGACCCUGCGAGGGGAGACUCGCGUGGGCGCCCGCCCGAGCUCCCUGGAGAUCUGUCCUCACAGGAAGAGGAAGAGGAGGAAGGCGACUCCGACGCCGGGGCCAGCAGCUUGGGUUCCUACUCCUCAGCCAGCAGCGACACUGAUGUGGAGCCUGAGUGGCUGGACAGUGUGCAGAAGAACGGAGAACUGUUCUACCUGGAGCUAAGUGAAGAUGAGGAGGAGAGCCUCCUUCCGGAGACCCAGACAGUGAACCACGUGAACCACGUCAGGUUCAGCGACAAGGAGGUCAUCAUUGAAGAGGACAAUUCCAGAGAGAGGAAGAAGUAUGAGCCCAAGCUCAGGCGCUUCACCAAGAUCUUGAAAAGCAAAAGCCUUUUGCCUAAGCGUCACCACAAAAAGAACAGCAGUAACAAUGGGCCUGUGUCCAUUCUGAAGCAUCAGUCCACCCAGAAGACCGGAGUCACCGUGCAGCAGCGGUACAAGGAUGUGACCGUCUAUAUCAACCCCAAAAAGCUAACGGCCAUCAAGGCCAGGGAGCAGGUCAAACUCUUGGAAGUACUGGUGGGGAUCAUCCAUCAGACCAAGCGGAGCUGGAAAAGGAGCGCGAAGCAGGCAGACGGAGAGCGGCUCGUGGUGCAUGGCCUGUUGCCAGGAGGCUCGGCUAUGAAGAGCGGUCAGGUCCUGGUUGGCGAUGUCCUUGUUGCUGUGAAUGAUGUAGAUGUGACUUCUGAAAACAUAGAAAGAGUUCUGUCCUGCAUCCCUGGGCCAAUGCAGGUGAAGCUGACAUUUGAAAACGCAUAUGCUGUGAAAAAGGAAACAGCCCAACCCCAAAAGAAAAAGGCACAGUCGAGCACCCAAGAUUUGGUGAAACUCCUCUGUGGGUCAGAGGCUGAUGCUGUGCAACACAGUACCCUGAGCAUCCCACACAUCUCCAUGUACCUCACGCUGCAGCUCCAGUCAGAGGCAGCCAGGGAGGAGCAGGAAAUCCUUUACCAUUAUCCAGUGUCUGAAGCAUCUCAGAAACUCAAGAGCGCCAGGGGGAUUUUUCUCACACUCUGUGACAUGCUGGAAAGUGUAACGGGGACACAAGUCACUAGCUCAUCCCUCCAUUUAAAUGGGAAACAAAUUCAUGUUGCUUACUUGAAAGAGGCUGACAAGUUGCUGUUAAUUGGCCUGCCUGCUGAAGAAGUUCCUCUUCCCCAGCUAAGGAACAUGAUAGAAGACGUGGCCCAAACCUUAAAGUUCAUGUAUGGUUCUUUAGACAGCGCUUUCUGCCAGGUUGAGAACGCGCCUCGUCUGGAUCAUUUCUUCAGUUUGUUCUUCGAACGAGCUCUUCGGCCCGGCAAAUUACAUCUCAGCGCCAGUGCCAGCGCCCAGCAGUACGCCGCAGCCAGUGCCGUGCUUUUGGAUAACCUCCCGGGAGUCCGUUGGCUCGUACUUCCGCAGGAACUCAAGGUGGAACUGGACACAGCCCUGAGUGACCUUGAGGCCGCUGACUUCGAAGAACUGUCCGAGGAUUACUAUGAUAUGAGACGGCUGUAUACAAUUUUGGGGUCUUCUCUGUUUUACAAGGGUUAUAUGGUGUGCAGCCAUCUGCCUAAGGAUGAUGUUGUUGAGAUCGCUGCAUACUGUCGCCAGUACUGCCUGCUGCCUUUAGCAGCAAAGCAAAGGAUUGGUCAGCUGAUAAUAUGGAGAGAGGUGUUCCCACGACACCACCUCCAGCCCCCGUCAGACUCAGACCCCGAGGCCUUCCAGGAACCUGAAGGGAGAUAUUUCUUACUAAUUGUUGGAUUGAGACAUUAUAUGUUGUGUGUGCUGUUAGAAGCUGGAGGCUGUGCAUCUAAAGCUACUGGAAACCCUGGUCCCGAUUGUAUCUAUGUAGAUCAGGUCAGAGCAACCCUUCAUCAGCUGGAAGGAGUAGACUCCCGCAUAGAGGAGCAGCUAGCCACAUCCCCGGGGCCCUGCCUGGCUUGUGCUGACUGGUUCCUUGCUGCGCCACGUGAAAAGGCAGAUAGUUUGACUACUUCACCCAUCCUCAGUCGGCUGCAGGGGCCUUCCAAAACAGCGGCCUCUCCAACAUGCCGGAGAACCUUUUUCAGUGACUAUUCCUUCAAGGCACGGAAGCCCAGUCCCUCCAGGAUCGGUGGAGGACGUGAGCCCAAUGAAGGGGAAGAAAGUGUUGGUCUGAGCCCACACACUACCCCAGAUGCAGUGCAGAAGCAAAGAGAAUCCGAAGGCUCGGAUGACAAUGUGGCCUUGCUUAAGCUUGCUAGAAAGAAGUCAACACUUCCAAAUCCGUUUCAUUUGGGAACUUCGAAAAAAGAACUUUCAGAAAAAGAAUUGGAAAUCUACAACAUGAUGAAAUUGACCUCCGGUCCUGAGAAUACACUCUUCCACUAUGUUGCCUUAGAAACAGUGCAAGGCAUCUUCAUCACCCCCACCCAUGAAGAGGUGGCUCAGCUAGGUGGUUCUGUCCACUCUCAACUGAUAAAGAAUUUCCAUCAAUGUUGUCUCUCUAUCCGUGCAGUUUUCCAGCAGACGAUGAAGGAAGAGAAAAAGAAAGCGCUAAGCGAUGGAGAUGGUUCGGAGUCUGCAAACUCAAUGUCUUCUCUGAGCCCCGUGAAAGAACAUGGUGUGCUGUUUGAAUGCUCACCUGAAAACUGGCCUGAUCAGAAAAAGUCUCCACCAGUCAUGUCAUACUGGGUGGUAGGGCGGCUCUUCCUUAACCCCAAACCUCAGGAACUAUAUGUCUGUUUCCAUGACUCAGUCUCAGAAAUUGCCGUUGAAAUGGCGUUUAAAUUGUUCUUUGGGUUAACGUUGUAGCUGUGUUUGUAAGAUGCAAAGCAACACACAGAUAGACCACAGGACAUCAUCAGAAUGACGGGAAUCAUCAUACAGAGAUAAGGCUCAGUACAUUCAUUAUUCAGUAUUGUACUCGUUAAAUACUGAGAUGUGAUACUAUUGGGUUGGUGCAUCAGUUCAUGUGUGGUAUUAUAUAAGACAUCUGAGCUGGUACUUGAUCAAAAUAUAGAGACAAGACUGUUAAUUUAUUGCCAUUUUGGUAUACCAUGCUAAUUUAUUGAAUAGUUUUAAAUAAUGUGAAUUCUUUAAUAAAAAUUAAUAUAGGAGAUGGUU